UGGCUGUGUCCUCUCUUCCCACCGGCCUCAGAGCCAGCUCUGGGUGUGCCGAGAUGGGGCUGCCCGGGCCAGGGCUGUGUCUGAAGAGGUUCUGGGUCCUCUUGCAGGUGGUGGUGCACGUGGCCGUGGGCAAAGUGUGCCUGAUACUGUUUCCAGAGAGAGUCAAGCAACACAUCUUGGCCAUGAACAAGAAGAACCCCCACUUUUCUUAUGACAACUGGGCCCCGACCUUCUACAGCAUGCAGUAUUUCUGGUUUGUUCUGAAGGUCCGAUGGCAGCGACUAGAGGACAGGACAGAGCCCGGGGGCCUGGCACCCAACUGUCCCGUAGUCCAGCUCUCAGGACAGAGAUGCAACAUCUGGGACUUCAUGCAUGGCAACCGGCCACUGGUGCUAAAUUUUGGAAGUUGUACCUGACCUUCGUUUCUUUUCAAACUUGACCAGUUCAAGAGACUUAUUGAAGACUUUUGCUCCAUGGCAGACUUCCUCAUCAUCUACAUCGAGGAAGCACACGCAUCAGAUGGCUGGGCUUUUAAGAACAACGUGAACAUCAGGACUCACCGGAAUCUCCAGGACCGCCUGAGGGCCGCCCGCUUGCUGCUGGACAGGAACCCCCAGUGCCCUGUGGUGGUGGACACAAUGGAGAACCAGAGUAGCCAGCGCUACGCAGCGCUGCCUGAGCGGCUCUACGUGCUCUGGGAGGGCAGGAUCCUCUACAAGGGGAAAUCGGGCCCUUGGAACUACCAUCCAGAGGAAGUUCGUGCUGUUCUGGAAAAGUUCCACAUCGAGUCUGGAAAGAUCCCCCAGUGCUAGGUGAUCAACAGGAGGGCUCCUCAAGUUCUGGGGUCUCCUCCCAGCCUAGGUGGCUUUCACCUCUGGACUCAUGUCCCCUGCUGGUCAGAUUGGUCUCAUCUAACCAAACAGUUGUAAUCAGAAAACAAAGCAGCAAGUAAGCAGAAUGUUAAAAUACCCCCCCCAAUGCUGUCCCCACGGAGACCACAUUCAUCGCAUGACAUCCCCACGUGAGAGAGGCCCCACUCCACAGGCAGCCUACCGAGGCGUGGCAUCUCUCUCCAGCCACUCUGACACCAAGCGGUCAGAAUCGGCGGUCCUUAUGUGAGGCAGACUCAUUUUCCCCAGUUUGCCAUUUAUGGACUUGAUCAUCUCAGACACUAAAUUGGCUUUUAGAACCAAGCAUGGGGAGAGCAUGCUGGUUGUUUAGAGAGAGAGAGAGAGAGAGAUGAGGAAUUGAAAGCCGUUGUUCUUUUAAGCAGAAGCUCACACUGGAAAUGGUUUCUCUGAUGUCUUUGCAAGUCUCCUAACGGUCAUUUGUGUUCGAUUACAUCAGACUAAUGGAUCGCCAUUGCUAUUCAUCUGUUUUAACUCUGCUUCUUUUCAUAUUUGUCUAUGACGGCCACAGCCUAAAGUACACACAGCUGUGACUUGAUUUGAAAGAAAAUGUUUUAAGAGGCAGCAAGCUAAUACAGAGUGAUUAAACUAUCUCAGGCCGUUUGA